AUGUCUAACGAUUUGUUAAAAUUAAUUUCUAAGGAAUAUAAUGAUUUACUUGAAACUGGAGAAUUUUCAGAUGUUGAAAUAUUGGUCAGAGAGGAAUCAAAUCCCAAAAUGUUAAACCUACAUUCUUGCAUCUUAAAACUUCAUUCAAAAUAUUUUCAUACCUUAUUAACUGGUAAUCGUAUUAAAACUAAGAAUAACAUUAUUAAACUUCAAUGCCCUAGUAUUUUCGUUAAAAUUUAUGAAAUACUCAUCAAUUUAAUUGAUCUUGCAUUUAAAGAUACUAGAACAAAUAUUACGAUCUUAAUCAGUGCUUAUGAAUUAGGUUUAACCGAAUUAUGCGAUUACGUCAAAGAUCAUCUACUACAAGAUAAAAUAUCAUUGAUACAAAAUUUUGACAAACUCAUUGAAUGGAGUGUUGCUCAAUCCAAUGGAUUACUACCAUCUGACGCUACUACCUGGUCCGCCGAUAAUAUUUCCACAUUUGGGGAUUUAAUACAACCUUUUAUUUCUCACAUCAACUUUAAAGCUAUAAAUCCGUCAGACUUUCAUCAGAAGAUUAAACCAUUUAAGAAAAUUUUUGAUAAAGAUCAUUAUAUUGAAAUUCUCAAAUAUUAUUCUUUUAAAUCUUUUAAAACCUAUUCUCACUCUCAACAAUCUAAACGAGGUUUUGUACUAACUGAGCUAAUAAAGCUUAGUCAACUUUACAAGAAGAUCAAAAGUACUGACUUUUCUAUGUAUAAUUACGACUUACUUGUUCUGGAGUUAGAGAUAGAUAGAUAA